GCAUUCGGCACCAUUCUUUUUGUUUUGUUCCAAUGCCACAUCGCGAUUUGAACGGCGCUCGUGCCGCGUUUGCCACCCGCGAUGUCGAGCUUUCCCGCAUCUCCCACUCUGGCAUCUCGGAGCGCAACAACGAGAGCACGAAUCGACACAUCAAGAGCGUGAUUGGCGCUGGCUUGGACGGCGUGGCGAUCUCGUUCGCACUCAUCUGCGUGGUCGUCGGCGCGGGGUAUGGCUGGGGCGUCGUCCUCGUCAUGGGCGUCGCAGUCCAGCUGGCAAGCGGCAUCUCGAUGGGAUUUGGCAUCUAUCUGAGCGAGGAUGCCGAACUGCAGUAUAUCAAGCGCGAGCGAUUGCGUGAAGAAUGGGAACUUGAAAACCACCCAGAAGGCGAACUGCAAGAAAUGGUCGAGAUUUAUGUGGAGAAUGGAUUUAGCGAUGAAGACGCCACCAGCGUGAUUGGAAUUAUGGCGCGGUACAAGGAGUUUUUUGUCGACCACAUGCUGGUCCAAGAGCUUGGGCUCCUACCUCCAUCUCUUGCGGAAAGCCCCUGCCGAAAUGGUGUGAUUGCAGCGCUGUCCUUCAUUCUGUUUGGAUCCGUCCCACUCAUUUCCUUCCUGGUCUUCAGCCAAAUCUCGUGGAGCGGCUUCAACGGCAGUUUCUUGAUAACGGUGAUUGCCACAGCAAUAGCAGUUGGCAUUCUAGGUGCCAUCAAGGCCAGAUAUACGCACGAACCGUGGUGGCGCCGGUGCUGCCUGGCGCUUGUUAGCGUGGCGCUCACCGCAGUGGCGGCCUAUGUGCUCGGUCUUGGAUUGAGCAAAAUUAUCACUGUUGACUGCCUCAACCGGGUAUGACGCCCUGCGCGCUAGAGUUUUUGUGUAGAAAAGUUAUGUUGAUCUACUUUUUGUUUUGUUUUUGAUGAAAGUUAGCUGGCGUUCUGCUUUGGUGCUUGUUUCCUUGUAUUGUGUCGUUCUGUUUGUUGUGAUUCUGAUAUGUAAAGACGACUUGUUUUUGAGAGAGAGCGCGAUGUUCUUUCCGAAUCCGAAA